GUUCAAUGUCGAUAGCUGCUCAACUUCGACAAUACUUAGAUACCGAUUUCCCUAGUCAAGAACGACUUGAAUAUUUACGUUAUUAUAAAUAUGCAGCUGUGGAUAAAUCAUAUAUUACCAAAUAUUUUUUAAGACAUUAUUGGAACUGGGCAAUAGAAUGGUUUCCUUUAUGGAUGGCUCCCAACUUGAUUACGUUGAUUGGUCUCUUCUUCAUGAUGUUCAAUGUUUUACUCGUCUAUAUCUAUGCACCUGACUUGGAUGGAAUGAAUGCACCAUCAUGGAUCUAUUUAUCAUUUGCGAUUGGACUUUGGUUGUACUCGACUUUUGAUAAUGUAGAUGGAAAACAAGCUAGGCGGACAGGAACAUCGAGUCCUUUGGGUGAAUUAUUUGAUCAUGGAUGUGAUGCUUUGAAUACGACUUAUGUGGCUAUUCUACAAAUCGUGGCACUUGGACUAGGUCAAUCACAUUUGGCUGUGAUUCUCUUUAUUACAACCAUGAUUGGAUUUUAUCUUUCUACUGCUGAAGAAUAUUAUACUGGUGUUCUCUAUCUUGGUAUUGUCAACGGUCCUACUGAAGGUAUUUUACUUACAUGUGCUGCUUUCUUAUGGUCUUGGUUAUAUGGUGCAUCUUCUUGGCAUAUACCAUUGGAUACAAUCCCUAGCGCAUCAUGGUUAACUCAUUGGUUACCAGCACGUACAACAGGAGCAGAAAUAUUUGUUUGGGGAACUGUAUUCUUCUUUGUAGUGACGCAUUGUACGAUGGUGUUUCAUUCUAUGUAUGUGGCAUGUCAAAAAAAAGGAUUACAUAUUGGUCAAGCAGCUAGUGAAUCAAUUCUACCUAUCGCAGUGUUUGGGAUGGCUCAGUAUUAUUGGUGUAUGUCUCCUUAUUCAAUUCUCUUGUCAAAUGAACAUUUCUUUUUAUUUACUCUUGCCAAUGGAACUUUGUUUGGUUUAAUGGCUUCUUCUAUCAUUUUGGCUCAUUUGACUUGUGCUCGUUUUCCUAAUCUAUUGAUCAUGAUAAGUCCUGUGAUUAUGAUGGCAGUUUUGGUCAAUGCUCCUGCCAUGAUUGGUCUUCAACUUAUAUCUGGACGAUUGGAACUUGUAUUAUUAUGGACGGAACUUGUGGCAUAUGUGAUUAUCUAUGGUGCUUGGGUAAUAUUGGUGAUUGAUGGCUUUUGUAGGUACCUUGGUAUCCGAUGUCUUGUGAUCAGUCGUACCAAAACAUUGGAUCCAUCUCAACAAGAUGAAAUCAUCAAUGCAGAAGAACAAGGUAUUCCAGUGGAUUCAUCUCAAUAUCGUACUUUUUAAUUAGUUAGCAUUAGAUAGUUAAUGUUUUAGAAUUAUUUUUAUUUUAUUUAUACCAUUUCUAUUUCUUUUUUUUUCAUGGAUGACAUUUGUAUUAUAAUAGUAAAUAAUAAUAAUAAUAGUAAUAAUAAAAAAACG